AUGGUGCUGUUUUUGACUGAUUUACAAUUAUGGCUCAUUGUAGGAACAUCUACAAUAAUUAUUUUUUGCCUUCUCGCAGCUCUGUUUUUUUGCAUUCGCUGGUUAGUAGCAAAAAAGAAAAAUUCGCGCUUUUACGACGUGGAAGAUUUGCCCGCGCGUAAAAGUUCGUUUUUGGAAAUAAUCAAUUCGUACAGGAAUUAUUACAGGAGUUACGAAAAUACGCAUAAUAAAUUGUUGAAUGAUGCUCAUCAGUCUAGUGUGGAUUCGGAUCGGAAUUUGAUGGAUUCAACGGAUUUUAGUAAAGGAUUUACUAAUUGCCUAUUAAGAAUAAAUUCAACAGAAGAUAAGUGCUCCAGAGCCAGCACUGGAUCUCUUAGAACGUAUUACUCGGUGAAUAUUUCCAGAUCAAAUUCCAAAUGCUCAUUCGUCAGCUGCUCAGAAGGCUCAGAUAUUCAGGAUAUGGUUUAA